UUCACCUUUCACUCACAGCCCCACAGGUCGCGAUCCCCACACGAUGAAGGCGCUGUCGAUCGUUGUGUUGGCUACGUUCUUCGCAUGCUCGGCCUCCUCAAGUCCGCCAGCUCCACUGCGGAACACCCCUGCAGCUCAUAUCGCGUUUGGGUCCUGAGGCCCAUCCUCGAUCGAUUCGUGAGGGCGAACUCCAGCGAGGAGCUGAGGGGCCAAGUCAGUGCCAUGGCAGAAACCAUCAGGGACUUGCAGAGUCAGCUCAGCUGCAUGGCAGAGCAGGUGGCCGGAAAAACCAGGGAAAAUCAGGACCAACGGGCACGCAUCAGGCACUUGCGGAGUGCGCUGCUGGCAGCCAGGGCCGAGAUCAAAAAGAAGGACGAGCAGGUAAACGAGGUAACCGCAGAACUCGUGGAGUGCAGGCCCAAGGCGCUUUGUCCCCGCGAAGGACCGGCUGGAAUCUACAACAUCACAGGGUGAUGUGCCUUCGGUGCCUUCGAGGCGCCCUGCAGCUCGGAGGGCUGGCUGACCAUCCAGAAGCGCUUCGACGGCUCCGAGAGCUUCGACCGCCCCUGGCAGGACUACAAGGAGGGGUUCGGCAGUGUGGCCGGAGAGUUUUUUAUCGGCCUGGAGCGGAUGCACCUCAUGACCCGGGAGCAGCCUCACGAACUCCUUGUAGCGCUGGGCAAGAUCGACGGGUCCGCCGGCCAUGCCCACUACGGGGACUUCAGGGUCGGGAGUGAGCUGGACUCGCAUGCCCCCGAGGCGCUGGGUGCGUACGCAGGCACGGCCGGGGACUCCCUGCGGCUGCACGAGCGCCGGAAGUUCACCACCCUCGACAGGGACAACGACUCCUACGGCCGCAACUGCGCCGCCGACGAGUACGGGGGCUGGUGGUACCACAGCUGCGCCCAGAGCAUGCUCAACGGCAAGUACUACGAGGAGGGCCGCUCCAGAGGUGGCAAAACCAAUGGCAUUUUGUGGGGCUCCUGGCACCACAACGACUGGACCCACUCGCUGACCUUCGCGGAAAUGAUGAUCAGACCCAAGGGGUUGGGAACUUAGACCACGUCACGUGGGGCUCACUGUACCACGCGUUGCCUUCAGUGCAACAGCUGAACUUUGCACAAGCACAGACAUUUCAAGGGACCCGCGACUGUUGGUUCGAAUAAACUU